AUGUCCAGCAAGCCACUUGUGAACCCAUUCACUCGUCGAUAUAAUGCUCAAAGCAGAUCACCUCUAGACACAUUUUACGAUGUCAGUCCCCAAAAAGUGCUCAUAGAAGGGAGUGGCCUUGUCAACACGGAGCAAGCCACCCCAGGUAGUGAAUGGAAACGUGAAGAAGAAUUAGAAUAUAACUUGCUUAAACCCCCCCAAGAAAUUUUAUACCUUGUCUCUCCCUCUCCAUCUCCCUCGCGCCAUAUAUCCGACGUCUCUUACACUCCGACCCCCCUCAAACGGAUAGACCGACUGUUUAGCAGCCCAACUUCCUUCGACGACGCGUUUACAAACUCACAUUAUCAACCAACAGACGCAUUUCGAAGUGCUUCCAUGGCCAGUCAGAGACUCUCCUCUCGUCCUCAGGGCCAUUCAGUCGCAGGCCGAAAUUUAGGGUCUCCUUUUUGUAGCCAGGAGCUUCAUGACAACCAGGAUCUUGCUUCUUCACAACCAGUGUCCUUGAUUCAGUUAUACAACAAAACCCAUUCCUCGAGGAACAAAACUGGGAAGAGCCUGAAGCCUCCUCGACUUGGUUGUCCUGCUGAGAUGGUUGCAGGAAGCACAACCUUCCCUGAAAUCGAGCAAAACAAGCCUAGUGAAGACUUUACACUCGGCGGUAACACUGAGUAUUCAACCCCCAUUUCUAGGACCCAUUCCUUGGGACAUCCUUGGGAUUAUGCCACGGGUGAUAGAGACAACAACCAAGGGCAAGCAUGUUAUCGAAGUCCGGACGGCAGUCACCUUCAGAAAAACCCGCUAAUAUAUGCCAACUUCCACACUUCUCCAUUUACAAGGGAAGCUGGCUGCAUCUCUGAAAGCCCGUUCUUGAAGAGAACCGAUGAGCCGUACCCAGACCAUUCAAGUUGGCCAGCGGAUAUAACAUCAGCCUCUAACAAUCUCCCAAUCAAUGCACCACAGUCAAGAUCCUACACUCAGAGCCAUCAUCUCAGGAAGGAAUAUAUGCCUGCUUCGUCCUUGCAUCUCUACACAGCUAGUUUUGACCGUCCAUACGACAAAUCACCUUACGAAGCAUUCUGCCUCAGAUAUCGCAACAAUCGCACCGAUAUCCCUGAAAUCAACUCCGGUUUGCGGCCAUAUUCUGAGUUACAUAAUGAACAAUACGCAGGCAAUACGACCAUUCGUUCUGAACCCACUCUCCCAACCCUUGUUCGUGAACGAUUGCCAAACUUCGAGACAAAUGUCUGCCCUACUGUGCCUCGAACAACUCAUACAUCCGCGCCCUCACUGUCUCAGGCAUUUUCCAGCCCUCAAAAUGUACGCGCUUCCGGUCGUGAUCUGAAAUCAGAUUUGAGAAAUCGUACCUUGAAAGAGGAAAUUUGUGCUAUAUUGGACAAUAUGAACGCAGCUUCUCAAUCGAACCCUAAACACACAUUAGCUUCUCAGAAAAGAGUCAGCAUUGGAUCGAAGUCUUCUAUCGGUCAUGACAAUCAGCAAUCAAGCAUCAGUUUGGGGCGUGCUUCUUGGGCACCAGGAAAUCCUGAAACUCGCCGCAUCAAAACAAAGAGGGGAGGAGGAUCUUCUCAUUGGAUUCAUUCAGAAAAAGGAUCAUUUGAACUGCCGGGACCCCCAUCAUUGGAACGUCCUGACCCUGGAACCAAAAUAUCUGAAGAUAGAACUCAUAUGAGUCCGCAUUGUAAUCUCGGAGAUCUUCCAGAACGCUCUGCUACCCCAGCCUCCCGGAUUAUCAAACCGCCUCCAGGUCUUCCUGGCCAGCCACGUAAAAUAACAUCUGGGACUGGCCUCUGUGAUCAAAGCGCGGUCAUCAAAGAGACGAGAAUCGAUGACACGAACGUCUGGUUCCAUAGAGACGGCCGUGGAGAAGAUCUGCUACGCCAUCACAUUGCUGAUAUUGCUGAAAAUUAUGUUGAUAAAGGCGAGCGCAUUGGAGGAGAGACAUUGUCUACGCAGAAUAACACAACUACAAAGCGCACCAUUUUGCUUCUCGGCAAUGUUAUUGCCAACCUUCACUCCUACGUCUCUGGGGAUCGUCAAAAUCAGGCGGCAAACUUUGCAAAUUUUGGAUUGGUGGGACCUCGUUAUUGUGAACGGUCGUUGGCUGGACAGCGUAGUUAUUUUGAUCGAGAUCCGACGGUUGACCAUUGGAACAUAUCAAUGGACCCAGCAAGCCCGAACUACGACAGUGACCCGGACUAAUCCACUGGCUUUUAAUCCGACAUGACCUUUGAAGUCAAAACCCAGUUAUUUCUUUCAGAAUGUUUCAC